UGCUCCAGAUCUACACCUGUCCACAAACACCUCCGCCCGAAUCCCGUGAAGAUGGACGACAGAGAGUCGGCAAAGGAGGACAGCAGCGAAGACCUGGACCGCCUCCUGAGGGGGGUCCACUCGGACCCCCCCCCCCGGCCCCAUGGACACCAACAUCUGCCUCAGCAGUCGGUGCAGUGGGGACGUUCGUUCCCCCGUCUCCAGUCCAGUCUUCAGCAGGGACCAGCUGUUCAGAGCAGUGUCCCAGGGGGACGCCGGUCAGCUGGACGGCCUGCUGGACUACCUGCAGCGGCACGGCCAGAGGCUGACGGACCCCCACUUCACAGAUGAAAGAAAUGGAAAAACGGCCCUCCUGAAAGCUCUGCUCAACCUGAAGCAUGGCGUCAACGACACUGUCGCCGUCCUGCUGGACGUCGCAGAGAGAACGGGAGAUUUAGAGGCUCUGAUCAACUCUUCCUAUACAGAUCCCUUCUAUAAAGGUCAGACCGCUCUGCACGUGGCCAUCGAGAGGCGGAGCUUGGAGCUGGUGAGGCUGCUGGUGCAGAAGGGAGCCGACGUUCAGGCCAGAGCCAGCGGGAAGUUCUUCCAGAGAGACGCAGGAAGAGGCUUUUAUUUUGGGGAGCUGCCUCUGUCUCUGGCCGCCUGCACCAACCAGCCCGACGUGGUGUCCUUCCUGAUGGAGAACCGGCACCGCCGGGCGGAUGCCGCCGACGCCGACUCGCAGGGCAACACGGUGCUGCACGCCCUGGUGGUCGUGGCGGAUGACUCGGAGGACAACACGCACGCCGUCGCGCACGUCUACGACCAGAUCCUCGUCCUCCAUCGCAGGCUGCAGGGGAAAGGGGGCGUACGCCUGGAGGACAUCCAGAACCAGCAGAACCUCAGUCCGCUCCAGCUGGCCGCCACGCUGGGGAGACUCGGGAUCUUCAAGCACAUGCUGCAGCGGGAGUUCGUGGACGAGGAGACGAGGCCUCUGUCCAGGAAGCUGACGGAGUGGGUGUACGGGCCGGUCCGCUCCGCCCUCUACGACCUGAGCUCCAUCGACACCACCCAGGCGGAGUCGGUGCUGGAGCUCAUCGUGUUCGGGAGCGAGACGCCGAACCGGCCCCAGAUGCUGCAGGUGGAACCUCUGCGGAGCCUCCUGGAGGAGAAGUGGCAGAACUUCGCCUCCCGACUGCUGCUGGUCCACUUCCUGGUCUACAUGAUCUACCUGAGCAUCUUCACCAUGGUGGCCUUCUACAGGAAGGAGGGCCAGCCGCCGUUCCCGGUGGAGGACGUCCCUCUGGACUACCUGCGGACACUGUGUGAGCUGCUGAGCGUCCUGGGAGCCGUCUGGUUCCUCUACAAAUCAGUGAGUCAUUUCCGGAGGAACCCUCCGACGCCAGCGGCGCUCCGGACGGAUGGCUUCAGCGACCUCCUGUUCUUCCUGCAGGCAUCCCUGCUGCUGCUGGCCGCCGUCCUCUACUGCUGCGGGCUGCGCGACUACCUGGGUCCCAUGGUGCUGUCCCUGGCUCUGGCCUGGAUCAACGUCCUCUACUACUCCAGAGGGUCCCGGCGGCUGGGCGUCUACAGCGUGAUGAUGCAGAGGAUCAUCCUGGGAGACAUGCUGCACUUCCUGUGUGUCCACAGCGUCCUGCUGUUCGGCUUUUCUGCUGGUAAGACUCUGAACCUGCAGUCCCGUCAAACCCAGAACCCAGAACCCAGCAGGGACAGUCUGAGAAGUGAAGUCCAGAGCUCAGGGACAUCCUUCAUGGUUCUAGACAGACGUCCUCUCCGUCUGCUGAAGCUCCACAGUCGGAGGUUGUCUGAUGGUUCGCCAAUAACAUUGUCUUCUUACGUCAACAUUUGUUCUUCCAGGAGAUUCUCUGUUCAUCUCGCCUCUUGUUUACACCGCUGCCGGGUGUACAGAGGAGACCAUCGUCUACUGGUGGCCCAGCUGAAGCUAAAGCUCCGAGCCAACCAGCACCAGACCCUGCCUCGCCCCGACUCCUCCCGACUCAACGACCCCAACACCGCCACAGACUUCAGUCGCUCCACCCGCCGCACCCUUGAUGCCCUGGCUCCUGACAAAGUGACAGAUUGGGCGACCUUCAAGGAAACGGCGUUCUCCAGGGCCGUGUGGCUCCUGAUCUUUUUGCUGCAUCAUGGACCAUCUGAGGUCCCAGGUCUGCGAGGCGUCCCCGGAGUGUCCUUCAGCAGCGACCACCUGACUGACCUGGAAUACGCUGACGACACCAUCCUGCUCAGCACAACCUGCACUGGGGCUGGAGCCGGGGCCAGGGCCGGAGCUGGACCCGGGGCCGGGGGACGGAGCUCGGCGGCGGAACCCUUCCAGUGCCGGAAGCCCAGCUUCAACGAGCUGCGCUUCACCAGCCUGGAGCUCUUCAAGUUCACCAUCGGCAUGGGGGACCUGGAGUUCACCCAGCAGGUCCGGUCCACUCCCGUCUUCUACGUCCUGCUGAGCAGCUACGUCCUGCUCACCUACGUCCUGCUGCUCAACAUGCUCAUCGCCCUGAUGGGGGACACGGUGCAGAGGACGUCCAGGCAGAGCCAGGACAUCUGGAACCUGCAGAGAGCCUUCACCAUCCUGGACAUGGAGCGGACGCUGCCCCGCUGGCUGAGGACGCUCCUUCAGUCCAGACUGUCCAGGAUGAUGUCUCUGACCGACGAGGACAACCACUGCCGCACAUUUCUCAGGGUGGAGGAGACGGACUGGAGACAGUGGAGGUCUGAGCUUCAUGUGAUCAGAGAGGAGGACCCCGAAGACCACAUGCCUGAAGACACUCCUGCUGGUACGACCUUUAACCUGAACCUGCUCCUGAGGAGGAUCCGGUCCAGAGGAGGCCGGCGGCGGCGGGACGCUCCGGCUGCACCGUGACGGCGCCUCCAGGCGGCGGCGGGACACAGCUUCAGGAAACGUUCAUGUUCUCCUUCUGAAACCAGCUGUGUGUGUGUGUGUGUGUGUGUGUGUGUGUGUGUGUGUGUGUGUGUGUUCCAGUUUAAUAAUAAUAAUAAUAAAGCAUUGGUUUUAUAUAGCACU